AUGAAUUGUGAUUCUUACAUUGUACUUGACAACUCACAACCAUUCUGGUAUGACAAAAGUACACAAACAUCUUCAUCACAAAAAGAAACCGAAGCUCUGACAUCAAUGGACGGAAUGUACAAGAAUAUACAGACAUCAUCAUACACCAUCGAUAUUGUAUUUGCUGGUAUAGUUAUUGCACAGACUCCAUCAGAUGCUACAUGGACGGAAACAAUAAAAGUCACAUCAGUAACACCAAACCAAGUAGAUUCAUCUACUGCUCUUCAAAACUUUCAAACAUGGAAUCGUAGCCCACCUUUCAGUCUACCCGGCCAUGAUCACGCAAUGUUGUUUACGAGGUAUGAUUUAACAGCUAGUGGAUCAAACAGCAAUGCAGGACUUGCAUAUGUAGGUCGAGUCUGUACUAGCAGUAGUCAGUCUAUUGUGGAAGAUGGAUUCAACUUCGUUAUCAUAUCCGUGGCAGCACACGAAUUGGGACAUUGUUUUAGUGCAGAACAUGACGGUACCGGAAAUGCCUGCAGUGGUAGUGAUGCCUAUAUCAUGGCGUCUGGGGUCAGUCCACAGACCGACGCAGCCACUGCUACACAUCCAUGGAUAUUUUCAACAUGUUCAACUUCUUAUUUUACGAAUUACAUAAAUUCAUUGGAUUCAGCGGGAAAUAAUUGUAUGAAGAUAUUAAGUGCAGGAUUUGACCCUACUGGACUAACACCUUAUGACCAACAACUAGCAGGACAAGUAUUUUCAGCAGAUGAACAAUGUGUACAGAUUCGUGGAAGUGGAUCAUCUUUCUGCAGUGAUCGAUAUGAUGGUGAUUUUACUACUGUGUGUACGGUGUUAUGGUGUGCUGAUCCAUCUGGAAAUGGGUACUGUAAUACGAAUAUAGGAGGUGAUGGCACGCUUUGUGGUAAUAAAAAGUGGUGCAAAACUGGAGUAUGUGUGUCUGAUGUCAACGCUCCGUCUGGAGAUGCUUUUUAUUGUCAAUAUGUUGGUCAGUCUUGUUGUUAUUCUUGCUCCGACUCAACAACCACGUCAACCACAACGACAACUACUACCACUACCCCUGGACCAACUACAUCAUCAACAACCACUACCCCUGGACCAACAACGUCAACAACUACUACUACACCUGGACCAACUACCACUACAUUAUCAACCACGACAACUCAGAGCCAGGUUAACGAUGCUGAUCAGCAGUGUGUACAAAAUCGUGGUACAGGGUCACAUAUGUGUAGGUGGUGUAUAUCUGGAGUGUGCACGUCUGAUUCAAAUGCCCCUGUUGGAGACGAGACCUGUCUCUAUGGAGAUCGAAAUGGCGCAAUUUUUAACAAUGGUUGGACUUGUGAAGAUAUGGUGAGAGAAGCGCCCAAUAAUUGUGCAAGUGUACCAACUGAAUGCUGUGCCUCGUGUGCGCCUCCAACAACAACAUCAACAACUACUCCUGCAACAACUACAACAUCAACAACUACUCCUACUACGACAACAACAUUAGCAACAACUACAACAGUUCAGCUUACAACAACUGAAGAAACGACAGUUCAUCCUACAACAACUGAACAAACUACCACUACAGUAAAUCCUACAACAACUGAACAAACGACAACUACAUUUCAGCCUACAACAACUGAAGAAACUACAACUACAGUAAAUCCUACAACAACUGAACAAACGACAACUACAGUUCAGCCUACAACAACUGAACAAACGACCACUACAGUUCACCCUACAACAACUGAACAAACUACCACUACAGAAAAUCCUACAACAACUGAACAAACGACAACUACAUUUCAGCCUACAACAACUGAAGAAACUACAACUACAGUAAAUCCUACAACAACUGAACAAACGACAACUACAGUUCAGCCUACAACAACUGAACAAACGACAACUACAGUUCAGCCUACAACAACUGAACAAACGACCACUACAGUUCAGCCUUCAACAACUGAAGAAACGACAACUACAGUUCAGCCUACAACAACUGAACAAACUACCACUACAGUAAAUCCUACAACAACUGAACAAGCGACAACAGUCCAGCCUACAACAACUGAACAAACUACCACUACAGUUCAGCAUACACCAACUAUAGAAACGACAACUACAGUUCAGCCUACAACAACUGAACAAACUACCAUUACAGUUCAACCUACAACAACUGAAAAAACUAGCACUUCAGUUCAACCUACAACAACUGAACAAACUACCACUACAGUACAGUCUACAACAACUGAACAGACUACAACUACAGUAAAUCCUACAACAACUGAACAAACGACAACUACAGUUCAGCCUACAACAACUGAACAAACGACAACUACAGUUCAGCCUACAACAACUGAACAAACGACCACUACAGUUCAGCCUUCAACAACUGAAGAAACGACAACUACAGUUCAGCCUACAACAACUGAACAAACUACCACUACAGUAAAUCCUACAACAACUGAACAAGCGACAACAGUUCAGCCUACAACAACUGAACAAACUACCACUACGGUUCAGCCUACAACAACUGAAGAAACAACCACUACAGUACAGUCUACAACAACUGAACAAACUACAACUACAGUAAAUCCUACAACAACUGAACAAACGACCACUACAGUUCAGCCUUCAAAAACUGAUCAAACUACAACUACAGUAAAUCCUACAACAACUGAACAAGCGACAACAGUUCAGCCUACAACAACUGAACAAACCAGCACUACAGUUCAGCAUACAACAACUAUAGAAACGACAACUACAGUUCAGCCUACAACAACUGAACAAACUACCAUUACAGUUCAACCUACAACAACUGAAAAAACUAGCACUUCAGUUCAACCUACAACAACUGAACAAACUACCACUACAGUACAGUCUACAACAACUGAACAGACUACAACUACAGUAAAUCCUACAACAACUGAACAAACGACCACUACAGUUCAGCCUUCAACAACUGAACAAACUACCACUACAGUAAAUCCUACAACAACUGAAAAAACGACAACAGUUCAGCCUACAACAACUGAACAAACUACCACUACAGUUCAGCCUACAACAACUAGAGAAACGACAACUACAGUUCAGCCUACAACAACUGAACAAACUACCACUACAGUUCAACCUACAACAACUGAACAAACGACAACUACAGUUCAGCCUACAACAACUGGAAAAACUAGCACUACAGUCCAACCUACAACAACUGAACACACUACCGCUACGGUUCAGCUUACAACAACUGAACAAACGACAACAUUUCAGCCUACAACAACUGAAGACACGACCACUACAGUUCAGCCUACAACUGACAAAACUAGCACUACAGUUCAGCCUACAACAACUGAACAAACUACCACUACGGUUCAGCCUACAACAACUGAACAAACAACAACAGUUCAGCCUACAACAACUGAACAAACUACCACUACAGUUCAGCCUACAACAACUGAACAAAUGACAACAUUUAAGCCUACAACAACUGAACAAACUACCACUACAGUUCAGCCUACAACAACUGAACAAAUGACAACAGUCCAGUCUACAACAACUGAAGAAACUACAACUACAGUUCAGCCUACAACAACUAAACAAACUACCACCACAGUUCAACCUACAACAACUGAACAAACGACAACUACAGUUCAGCCUACAACAACUGAAAAAACUAGCACUACAGUUCAACCUACAACAACUGAACAAACUACCACUACGGUUCAGCCUACAACAACUGAACAAACAACAACAGUUCAGCCUACAACAACUGAAGAAACGACCACUACAGUUCAGCCUACAACAACUGAAGAAACUUCAACUAAAGUUCAGCCUACAACAACUGCACAAACGACCACUACAGUUCAGCCUACAACAACUGAACAAACUACCACUACAGUUCAGCCUACAACAACUGAACAAACGACCACUACAGUUCAACCUACAACAACUGAACAAACUACCACACCUGUUCAGCUAACAACAACUGGACAAACGAAAACAGUUCAACCAUCAACAACUGAACAAACGACUACAGUUCAGCCUACAACAACUGAGGAAACUACCAUUACAUUUCAUCCUUCAACCGCUGAACACACAACAACAGUUCAGCCUACAACAACUGUACAAACUACCACCACAGUAAAUCCUACAACAAUUGAACAAGCAACAACAACAGUUCAGCCUACAACAACUGAGGAAACGACAACAGUCCAGCCGUCAACAACUGAACAAACGACAACUACAGUUCAGCCUACAACAACUGAAGGAAUGACAACAACAGUGCAAUUUACAAUAACUGAAGAAAUUACUACUACAGUUCAGCCUACAACAACAGAACAAACGUCAACAGUUCAGCCUACAACAACUGAACAAACAACAACAGUUCAGCCUACAACAACUGAACAAAUGACAACAACAGUUCAGCCUACAACAACUGAAAGAACUAACACUACAGUUCAACCUACAACAGUUGAGGAAAUUACUACUGCAGUUCAGCCUACAACAACGACAACUAAGCCCACAACGACAACAUCUCAACCUUCUGUCACCACCGAGUACAGAUACAGAUGCAGACUUCGGAUUAGGAUCACAAUUACGAUCAGUCUUACCGAUACAACUACUCAGGGAUAUCGACGUCUUUUCAACCAGGUUUUCAUAGCGCUAACGAACUAUUAUAGACGAUCCAGAUCAUGUAGACGUACCUUUAGAAGAAUAGUCCUUUUUUCAAUAAGAGCUGGGAGCUUGAUACCAGAGUACGAGGUAUAUCUAGAUGAACCUUCUCCUGGUGAUGUCAUUGCAGCUGGUUACGACUUGGUCACUGGGAAUGGAAACUUAACAAUAGGAAAUGAAACAGUUGAGGCAGAGACAUCGUCUGUUACGUCUAAUAACGAAACAGCAACAAUAAGCUCAGGCGAUGACUUGUGUGGUGCAUUCAACCAAAUUAAUAGCUGUCCUGAUAAUUAUGGUUGCCGUAUUAAUUCUACUACAGAUGCUCCAUAUUGUGCACUUCUGAUAACAGAAACAGAUAAUUACAGUUUGAUACUAGGUUUAGCAGUUGGCAUACCAAUGGUUUUCUUUCUUCUCGUGUUUACUAUACUUCUAUGUAUUUGUUGUAAAAGACACAAACAACAACAAACAAAAUCAAAAUAUACAGACGAGGAUCAAGAUAGACCUAUUCCUAUAGAACAAAGAUUUUUCGCUAGUAAUGUGGCCCAUCGGUACAACAGUUUUGGAAGAAAAGAUUUUCAAACUUUUGGAGGGUAUUGGGAUAAUGGAUCUUUUGAAUCCCACGAAGAUAUUGAAAGAACGUCAUAUAUUGGCAAGAAGUCAAAUUUUUCUGGUCAAAGUAAAAAUUCUAAAAAUGGUUACAAACCAAAAGGACAGAGAAAUUCAUAUACAUCUUCAAACGGACAGAAUUACAAUGGUCGAUUAUCGCACAUAUGAAGAUUUGCUCAAUUUUGGCGUUUAUGAAGAUUUGCUCAAUUGUGGCGUUUAUGAAGAUUUACAGACAAUUUAUUUAAUAUGACAGCAAUUCAAUUUAAUUUAUAUUAUAUUAUUUUAUAUUUUAUUAUUUUAUAUUAAAUUAUUUUAUAUUAUAUUAUAUCAAUAUUAUAAAAAAUUGAAUCAAUGACAAA